GCCUUUGUGUUGUGAUAUUAUAUAUACAGUGUUUUAUAUGUGUAUAUCUGUGUUAUCCGAAGGAAUAUCUCGAUCGAAAUAGUUUGAGAAAUAUAUUUAUCGAUAUUAUUAUUGACCGAUAAUAAUAAUUAUUGGCUUUCAAAUGGUGACCGCGAUGUUAACCAUAGAUGAAUUGCAAACAAAACUCUCGAAUUGUAUUAAAGAGUUUCCGACAAAAAGCGAAAACCAUUUGAAGAGAAAAGGGCGCCGAGAGUUGGCCCACAGUUCCAGCUUUAAGAUGAAGGCCACAAGUAGUUCACCUAUUAGAGACGAGUCGAUGCUAUACGAGAGGGGAGAGCACUCGCUGUCGCCAAACUUCAGUCCCGGUCCGCACACGGCGUCGACACCACCGCAACACCUCCUGAUGAGCGGUCGGGAACCGCUACCCAUGGCUGCCGGCGACCAGACAGGCAACGCUCACUCAUUGUACACUACUUACGCCGGUGUCGGCGGCGCUGCUCAGCGCACAUCUUUGGUGGCCGUCGACCGGCCGGACGGCCUGCUGUCCGCAUACCGCGGGUCACCCUAUCAUCACAUCGACGGCGCGAAGCACUCCUCAUCGUUGAUAAUCAGACGCAAUAGCGACGCGAUGUCGCAGAACUCGACCACACAGUCCUCGUCGGCCGGUUCGCCGCCGAUUGGCGGCCACAGCGCCGAAGACGAGGACGACGACCAGCCGCUGGACUUUAGCAGCAAAACAAUGCACCGCAACUCAGAUAACAAUAAUACGCGCGAAUCGGAGUCAGAGCCGAUGCAAGUGAGCCGCGGCGGCGGCGGCCGAGGAGGUGGUGGUAGUAGUCCGCCGACAGCGUCCGGCCAUACGCUGUCCCAACUGUUUGCCCAACAAAUGAUGCGGCCGUCGGUCAUAACGUGCGGCUCAUCGCUGAUGAAAGCCCAACAAACACCGCCGCAUCCGUCGGCGGCCCCACCGCCGCCCCCGCCCUCCUAUGCCGAGUCGAUGUCCACCGCUAGACAUCAGACCACAUACGGCACGCCCGCCGCCGAUGACGAGGAGAAUUGCGUUCAACGCCGACAUAAUAGCGGCGAUAAUGUGAGACAACGCGAACAACAGCACAGCCGCCGACAAGUGGUGACCACCAGUUGCGAAGGUGUGAGCGAUCCGGUGAUCGAAGAGCACUUCCGACGCUCGUUAGGCAAA